UUGUUUUUUUUUUUAUUCGAUUCUACUAUAUACUUUGCCUCUAGUCUGAAACUUCUUGGUUACAUGAAAGAAUACCUUCUUUUACGUAUAAAAUUAUGCAAUAUAACAGUAACCUAGGAAUAGAAUGAAAACAGCCAUAUACACAGUAGAAUAACAAAAGUAGAAUAAUAUACAUAGAUAUAUUUUUAUAUAGAAAACUAUAUUUAUAUAACAACAAUACCAAACCGAAAAAAAACGAUAAAAACCGCAAGAUAUUGAUUUAACAACAAGAACUACAAAAAAAAAACAUGGAUAGCAAAACUAGCAUGAUAACAUGAACAUGAAGCAUAAGAUGUGAAUAGAAUAUACUGCAAACAAAAAAAAAUAUGGAAGCAAAAAUAGGUGCAGUAGAAAUAACUUUUACGAUAUUAUAGUGUGUGAAAACAAGAGUGCACACAAACAAAAACACACACAAACACAAAAUGGACGGACAGGUCGUUCAGUUGUUAUCAGUUUGUGAUGAUGAGUUUGAUACUGAUGAAGGUGAAGAAUAGAGAUACUCGGAAAACAGUACCAUCCAACCAUUGCAACCCCAUUGGGCAUUCAACAACAUUGGAAAGUGCUGCACAGGAUGUUUGGUUUUGGACUGUGUUCGUUUCGAAUGGAAGCAUUGACAUUAGGUUUUGUUUACAAAUGAUCAGAGGCAUUUCAGAGAAAAAUUAGCUUGGAGUCCAUGGUUUGAGGAUUUCCAAUUUUUGUUUUUACAUCAGUCUGAAACCGAACGUCUUAGUGUGUGGCAAACUAAAACUGUUCACACUGUGGCACAGUGAAGCAUCGAUUUUGGAAUGUUAUUGGCUGCAAAUUUCAAACGCCUACUAUUUAUUGUUUACUUUUGACCUGACAUCGUGAAGUCCUUCUUCCAACCGAAAAGUCUGCCACUUUAACGAACUGCACAUAUGCACGGCAAUUCCUGAAAUUUGCGCACACUAAAGCAGCAUAUCCUUUUGGGGUGUUGCGGCGAGCAUUCAGCCCGCAAGAAGCCCACGAUUCUGCACUGCUGGGAAAAAGCACCCCUUGCCGCCAUUAAUCAUAUUUACAAAACGGUUUUUAUCGCAUCUAGAUUUCUGCCUCAGAGUCCUAGAUGCGCGCCAUAGCCCGUAUAUGGGUGGUCAUGGAUUUCCAGUCAGUUGACCAGCUUUUCCGCUGGAAUGAAAAAUUAUAAUCGAUAUAAAUCUCACUCUGCCGAGACGGCAAUAACAAUAAAAUGUAUGCAUUGCCAUUUAUCGUUUUGUCGUUUGGCAUAACUAAAUUCUUGGCGAUGUUUACACUAGUGCUCUUUUCCGUUCUCUUGUUUAAAUACCCCUUUGUUUGUGUUUUGUUCCGUUUACAAUUUUUUUUUUGUCAUCAUGGGUUACUUUGUUUUCCGACAAAUUGGAACGGAUCGAAAACCAAUAGCAUGGCUGUAUCAAUCUCAUUUUUCAGCAAUCAACACUUCGAUGUUGUCAUUUUCCUUGGCGAUGAUGUUAUAAUAAUUGAUUGAUGGCGAAUGAAGGCAGUGUGCCGCCGCGAAUGUUGUAAAAUCGCAUUUACCAUACGGAAAUUAAAACACCUGUCAAACAAUUAUUAUAUCUACUCAUGGCACAGAACCGAACACGAAAACAAUCUGUAUGUGAAAUUUUAAUCAAUCGUAAACUGAUUUAUCGCUGUUGAUUUGUUUUUAUUUUUUCUCUUAAACCACCCGGAUUUAUACUGUUCUGUUUGUCUCUCUUGCUGGUAUCUCUUUUGUCAAAAGAAAACAAAACAAAAAAAAAACCAUCGCUCAUUCACUCUACUGUAUGACUGUCUUAAAAAACUCUCGCUGUCUCUCACUUAAAAAUCUCUUUCGCUAUUUGUGAUUUUGCUGGUAAGUUCUCUAUAUGUUUGCGAGAAGAUAAAAAACAACAAAGGAACCACUGCAAAUACAGCCGCCGCCAGCCUGCUGAGUUCGAUAUGCAACAGCACUACUUCUCUUCGCUCUCUCUCUCUCUCUCUCUCUCCCCCCCUAAAUCCGUCUCUAUGAAUCCUUUUUUGCUACGCCGCUGCCCCAGCAUUCUACUGCAACCGAGAGUUUUCCCCCGUUCGUCCUUCGGUCCGUUUUUGUUUUUCCGAACUCUGGAGCACAAUCCCAUACGCUUUUGCGGCUUGUUCCGGGGACAAACCUUACGGGAAAUUCUUAUUUCUCAUCGAAAUCCAUCUCUACCAUUUCGAAUCGUUUACCACACAGUUUUAACUGUUGUUUCUAUAUGGUCAAUUGGAUUUCUAAGUGUUUCUCUGCUAGCCUAUAAUUAUAUUUCUCUGUGUAAAUAAUAUUUUUACCACUAAUCCUAUAAAUGUGUACUUUGCUUUUAACACGUUGUAAUCAAGUGUUUUUGUUUCGGUUUCCGUUUCUCUUUAUCGUCAUCUGUUUACAUAUACACUUUUUUUUUAAGUUUCCUUUCAAUACAGAAAUAAGAAACCAAAAUUCCACGCGAGCCUGUGUCUCGAAAUUUUUGAUUGUAGUUAUAUAUUUUCCGAAUUAUUUAUAGUUGAUUGAACAUCGUUACGUUGGUGCUGGUUGGUGAUUCUUUUAUUUUCCUCCAUUUAAAAGCAAAACAAGUUAUUCACCAUUUUUACACACUCACACACACACACACACACACACACACGGUCACCAAAACAAAACAAAAAAGUUUUAUCCGCCAAGCAGUUUUUGAUGCCAAUCGUGUCAAAGUGUUCUUGUUUUUUUCUAUGCGUCCAGUUUUCUUUGUACUUUCAUUGGAGUUACGUUGUUUUCCAGAGAUAAGUGUGUUGCUAAAAAUAAAUACAAUUUCAUUCUUGCAAAAACUGCAAAAGCCAAAUAAAAAAAAUCUUCUUUUACUUCCUCUCUUCUCUCUAAGUGUAUUUGUAUUUAAUUGGAUUCCUCUUCUCACUAUCUCUAAUCACUCUAAGAACCAAACAAACCAUCGCGAAAAACAAAACCUACUUUUAACCUCCGCCUCAGCUGCAAAUAAAACCCCAAUAAACCACCGAGUCCAACGAAUUAAUCAUUGAACUAAAACCUGUAAUUAAAACCGAUACGCUGAACAAAACAAACGAAAACAACAACAACAAAAACCGAUGACCGUGAAGACUAUUUUUGAUGUUUACAUAUUUUUGUACAGUUUUGGUUAUUUUCAUUUUCUUCGUUUAUGUUUCCACUUUUUCUUUUGUUUAUUUUUUUUUGAACUGUCAUUUUCAACGUCUCUACUCGUUGUCUUUGGUUGUGUCUUUUGUUUGUAUUUUUAUUUUGUUUUUUUGUUAAAUUGUGUGUACUUUUUUGUUUUAUUUACUUCCAAUAUCUGUUCUCUCAGUUCCAAUUACAUUACACAACACAGGUGCUCAAAACAAUAAAAUCUUAAACUGACAACCAGCUUCAAAAAUAAAAAAAAAAAACAAUACCAAAAACCAGCAAUCGAACUGCGUGUGACAUUCUCUCUCUCUUUGUUUUGCUGUCCCCGUCUCUUUGUGUGUUAUUUUCCCACAGGCUCCAAGGCCUGGCAUAUGCGGCUAACCUUUGAACGUCUAUCGGGCGGCUGUAAUCUUCAUCGCUGUAAACUCUGCGGUAAAGUAGUGACGCACAUACGCAACCACUAUCAUGUGCACUUUCCCGGCCGCUUCGAGUGCCCACUGUGUCGGGCCACCUAUACCAGGAGCGAUAACCUGCGGACGCACUGCAAGUUUAAGCACCCGAUGUUCAAUCCGGACACGCGUAAAUUUGAUAACAUGAUGUCUCCGGCGAUGGUUUCCCAGGCGGCGGCAGCAGCUGCCGCGAUAUCGGCAGCCACGGCUGCGGCCAACAGUUUCAAGCCAGAUUUCUCGGCCGUGGCCAACAGUUUCAAGUCGGAGCUGAAUGCGGCGGCUGCUGCGGCGGCCGUCAAUGCCAACUACGGGCUCAACCCUUUCAAGGCAGACUUUCCCAUUCCAAAUGCAACGGCUGCGGCCGCUGCAGCGGCGGCGGCAGCUGCGUCAGCCGCAUCCGCGUCGCCUGGUGUGUACUCGCAGAGUGGAACGUCCGACUGAUAUAGGAAAUAC